CCAGAUAAAGUUUGGCAUGAAACAAAGAAGCUUUGGCGAAUAGUUGGCCCUGCAGUCUUCAGUCUUCUUGCUUCAUACUCCAUGCUCGUCAGUCGUCAUCACCCAAGCAUCUGCAGGCCACCUAGGUGAACUUGAGCUGGCUGCUAUGUCUCUUGCCAGUAAUGUCAUUCUUGGAUUUAACUUCAGCUUCAUGUUGGGAAUGGCAAGUGCUUUGGAAACUCUAUGCGGACAAGCAUUCGGGGCAAAGAACUAUCCUAUUUUAGGCGUAUACCUGCAGCGUUCUUGGAUUGUUCUCUUCUUGUGCUCCGUUCUAAUGUUGCCCGUAUACAUUUUCGCUACGCCAAUCUUGAAGCUUUUGGGGCAGCCCCAACAAGUAGCUGAGCUUUCUGGGAUUGUAUGCUUGAGUUUCAUUCCACUUCAUUUCGGCUUUGCAUUUCAAUUUCCCCUUCAGAGGUUUCUGCAGAGUCAGCUGAAGAAUAAUGUGAUCGCUUGGGUGAAUUUCGUGGCUCUGAUUUUGCAUUUGGCAUUGAGUUGGUUGGUGGUGUUUAAGCUAAGGCUUGGAUUGGCCGCCGUUUCCCUUGUCUUGGGCUUUUCUUGGUGGAUUGUGGUGUUUGGUUUGCUUGGUUAUACACUAUGUGCUGCAUGUCCUCAGUCGUGGACUGGAUUCUCAUUUGAAGCAUUUUCUGGUCUAAGGCAAUUUCUUCAACUAUCUGUAUCUUCUGGUGUCAUGAUAUGCUUGGAGAACUGGUACUACCAGAUCCUGGUAGUGAUUACUGGAAAUCUUGCCAAUUCAGAAUUUGCUUUUGAUGCUUUAUCCAUAUGCAUGAGCAUCAACGGCUGGGAAAAUAUGAUUCCUAUUGGAUUCUUCUUUGGAAUAGGAGUUAGGGUUGCAAAUGAGUUGGGAGCAGGAAAUGGAAGAAAAGCCCAGUUAGCAACCAUAGUAGCAGUGACAGAAUCAAAAUUGCUAGGCCUAUUCUUUUGGGUGUUUUUCCACAAUGAAAUUGCACUUGUAUUCACAACCAGCAAACCAGUGCUGGAAGAAGUCAGCACACUCUCAAUACUUUUGGCCUUCACUGUUCUCCUCAAUAGUGUUCAACCAAUUCUUUCAGGGGUUGCUGUUGGAUCUGGAUGGCAGUCAUAUGUGGCAUGCAUAAAUUUGGGCUGCUAUUAUCUGAUUGGAGUACCACUUGGAGUAUUGAUGGGUUGGGUUUUCAAGCAAGGAGUAAUGGGAAUCUGGGCUGGAAUGAUUUUUGGUGGAACUGCAGUUCAAACAUUCAUAUUGGCCAUCAUUACCAUUAGAUGCAACUGGGAGAAAGAGGCGAUCAGGGCAAGUUUGCAUGUGGAGAAAUGGGCACAUAUUGGUCCCUAAGCAUAUAGGUUAAAUUAGGGCAGAAAUUUAUGGGAAAAGAAAGAUAUCAUCGGAGAGAGUGAUCCCAGGGCACGAGGGCAAUAGCAGA